GCACUUGCGGUCACUCGCUGACAGCAACCAGCCCCAUCCCACAUGCUGGAGCCAGCCAAGUCCUUCCCACCUGGGCCCGGAGGAGGAACUCCAAGGCGGCAAGUUAGGUUUGCAUAUCCAGUUCAGGUGCUCUUGGAGAGUAGAUGGGGCCCUGCCGCCUGCUUUGGAGACUGUCUGCCUGGCUAAUAGUACUGAGAUGCCAAAAGAUGAGCACCAGUGCCCUGAGUAAAAACCGCAGCUGCGUCUCCUAUGGAUCUAAGGCCGUGAUGGAAGGUAUGGAGCAUCUCAAGGGCUUAAUCUUGGAGGACGGCCACAACAGAACCAUCCAGUGCCCUCACAACCAGUGCUGCUUCGGUAUCUGGAACCUGACCCAAGGACAUCUCCAAGCCAAGUUGCAAGGUUGCUGGAUUAGUGAAAAAGAUGCCUGCGAUUCUGCAGCCUGUGAGUCUCGAUCUUCAGAGGACGCCAAAACGGUCACUUUGUCCUGUAGGUGCAGCUCUGAUUUGUGUAAUGCUAACAUCAGCCACGUUGGGCCUGGAAAGAAGCAGGCUGCGUCACUGCCCAGUGGGAACAUCUGGAUCAUUACCUCCUGCAUUCUUCUCCUCUUCCUGGGCUGUCUGGCGUUUCUAGUUCUACGGCAGUGGAAAGUCCUUGCUGUGCUCCUGAGCCCAGAAGAAAGCGGUGAGCUCACCAAGGUCACUACGAGCUCGGAGCCAAAAACCGAGAGGAAACUGCCCAGACAGGAGCUUCCAGAUCUCCAGUUCCUUCAGGUUCUUCAUGAGGGGCAGUUCUCCAAGCUGUGGCAAGGAACAUUCCGCCAGCAGCCUGUGGCCAUCAAAGCUUUCCCCGCUUUGUGCUACCGGCAAUUUGCAUCCGAGUGGGCUGUGCACAGUCUCCCGCUGAUGAGCCAUGACAAUGUUGUGCAGUUUGUGGCUGCCGGGUGUGGAGGACCACACAAGGAACAGGGGGGCCUCCUGGUUCUGACGCUGUAUCCAUUGGGGUCCCUACGGCAUUUCCUCAUACAACACGUUUGUUCCUGGGACGUCACUCUCAAGCUAGGGUCCUCCCUUGCCAGGGGCCUUGCUUUCUUACACAAGGAGCUGUGGAAGGAAGGCCUGCAUAAACCUGGGGUGGCACACCGAGACCUGAGCAGCCAGAACGUGCUGGUGCGGGAGGACGGGACCUGCGUCAUCACGGAUUUCGGCCUCGCCAUGACUUUGCCUGCACGCCAUGAGGCGUGGAGAGAGGGCCCCGCGGAAGGCCUUGUACGCAAGGCAGGGGCGCCACGCUACAUGGCUCCUGAAAUUCUGGACGAGAGUUUGAACCUGCAAGACUUGGGCUCGGCGCUGAGGCAGGCUGACGUCUACUCCCUGGCACUGGUGCUGUGGGAAAGCCUGAUGAGAUGCUCUGCACUCUUCCCAGAAAACAGGGUCCCCGAGUUCCAGCUUGCCUAUGAAGCAGAACUGGGCAGCAACCCUACAUAUAGUCAACUGAGGAGUCUGGCUGUUGUGGAAAGGGGUCGGCCGGCCAUUCCAGCCGCUUGGAGGAGAAUUGGGCAGGCUGCUGUCUGUCUACAGGAGCUCCUUGAGGACUGCUGGGAUCCUGAACCAGAGGCUCGCUUGCAAGCUGAAUGUGCCCAGCAGAGGCUGCAGAAGCUGUAUGCUGAGGGCCUCGUGAAAGAGUUGUGACGAGGCUGAAACACAGACGAGGCCUUUUGUCAAGAAUAAGCGGCCACGAAGGGAAGUCCCACCAAGCAUGGCUUCUCACCAUGGCUUUGGACCUCAUCGGAGUGGAAUAGAUGCGUUUCUUUUCCUUUGUUUUUAUAAACCUUGUCCACUUAAUCAACUCAAUGAGCUCUGUCCACUUAGUCAACUUGAAUUGCACUUGUUUACCAGUGGGUCCCAACCUGCACCUUCCUCUUGUCUCCUCUAGCCACUCUUUGGCUCUCAAUCACUUGAAUCUUCCCAUUCCUACGUCACUUCCUGCAGCACUGCAAAGGCCAUUUAUAUACUAUGAUUUGGGCUGGGAAUCUUAGGCACAUUUUCCUAGGAGUAAGGAUCAC